AUGGACGUCUUGGAGCUUCUGGGGGAGAAGGAAGAGGGAAUUCCGGUUGAGGCAGCGACCAAGGCGAUAACCCCCGCCGAUGCCACUCAGACUUCAGAGAACGUCGGGGAGACGAAGAAGAGGAAACGGAAUAGGGAAAGGCGGCAGAAGGAAGGUGCAGCGAAACGGAGCAAAGGUGCUGAAGGAGAGUCUGUACAGCGAGCACCCAAGAAAAUCGAUAAGGAUAAGGCAGCUCGCAGUGUUUUCCUCAACAACCUUCCUGUGGAGGCUUCGUCGGAGUGGAUCAAGACGACAGUGUUGGGUGUGUUGCCUGAGGGGAGCAAUGAUCCUGCUGUUAUUGAGAGGGUAUAUAUAGGCAGGGAUAGGAAAUAUCCGACGAGAUGCGCUGGUUGGGCUAAUGUGACGUUCACUUCGGAGGGCGUGGCGAAGGAUGCUGUAGAGAAGUUGAACUACACUAUGCUUGACUGUGAGGCUCUACUGAGGGAGGCCGAGGACAAGGAACAAAAUAUGGCAGCUACGGUGGGCAAGGAAGGAGGUUCCGUGAAUAAACGGAGUGGUGGCCAUGGUCCUAAAGGGGUGAGGGUGACUAGAAGGUGCCUCUAUGCAACAUCAGGGCUGGCACGUCUGGAUGCAAAGGGAGAUCACGCCUCCAAGUCAACAGCGAGCCAGUUCCGUCUCCCCCCGGAGCUGAUAGAGGAGCUCAAGGAACUGGUUCGGGAGCAUGGUCUGUCGGACUCUCCAGCGGGCAGGCUCGCUGAUUCGUACCGUCGGACUUUUGGCAAGCGAGCACCAGUGCAGGAAUAUGGAUUCAAGAACUUCGUGACGGCCCUGGGUUCGAUCCCUGGUGUGAGCACUUGGGAGGAAAAGCCGCAACAGAUAUGGUUUUCCUGGGAUACCGAAGAGGCUAAUGACGAGCUAUCACCACCCCCUCGUUCCCUCGGCCCUGCUGCUGCUGAUGCUACUGUCCAUAAUGACGAGCACUUCAACGAGGAAAGGAAGUACAUUGACAGAGGUUAUCUCGCCCUGUGGACAAAACUCAUUGACAGCAUGAAAAUAGACAAUUGA